AUGGCGUCGUGGCUGCAGCAGCGCUUGAAGGAGGCGGAGGGCCUGCUGCAGGCCGUGGAUCAGACGGCAAAGGGAGUUAAAAGCACGGCAGGCGCCGCUUUGGAAGGCUCCACGGACGCCCGCGAUGCUCACCAUGCCCCUCCGAUCCCGCGUUCUGUGAGGAAGGAGGUCCCCGAGCGCGAGAAUCUGGGCGUGCGGCGCCCCCUGCGAGUCUCCCCGGCAACCUCUGCCUCCGGCAGGGUCUCCCCAUCAACGAGGGGGAGAGCGGGCGGCCCGCCGGGCCCGCAGGCCGGCCCAUCCAGCAGGGCCGUCGAGGCGAGGGAAGAGACCGGCACCUCCCCGGAUGCCUCUGGGAGCCCUGUGGAGCAGGUGUCCCACCCCACCUCUGUGGAGAUGACCUGGGAGCAGCUGUCGCAGCAAUCCGACGGGGACAGCAGCGUCCGUCCCGGGGUCCAAUUGGACCCUCCCAACCUCUCAGAGGGAGGAGAGGGGGUGGGCGAGAGCCCCGACGCCGCCUCGGCCGGCGUGCCGGGUGUCACUGAGGAGCCCGACAGCAGCGAGGACAGCCGGUCUGCAGAGCGCGUGCUGCGCUCCAUGGGUGAGGAGGCGGACCCCUGGGGAGGCCCGGCCCCGGCGCUGGGCCACCUGGUCGGCGCCGAGUCUGACACAGCGGCCCCGACGCCCCACCCCCGGCUGGAUCGGCCGCCCUUUGCAGCCGAUGCGGCCACCGAGGAGGACGAACGAGCACCCCCACUCCUGCCCGGAUCCACGGGCCAAGGCCAAGAAGGGCUGGACGAUGCGGAGCCGCGCCCUGACAUUCGCCAGGUGGCCAGCGAUGCCCGCGAGGCGCAUGAUAGUGUCAGGGAUGUGGCUGAGCCUGAUGGUUUUGCAGACGCUCACCAUACACCACGGCUGGGAGGCUCGGUAGGAGCUGGCAUGGCCGCAGUGGGCAAGGUAGGCGGGGCCGAGAGCUCGGGGGACCUCCAGCAGCCGACCGAGGCUGUGCCUCUUGCGCCCGGCGAAGAAGCAGCGGCAGCCUCGACGGCGCAGGCGGCCGCUGGGGGCGAUGAAGGGGACCCUGUCCCUGGACCCCGGGCGGGAAUGCCAUCGACACUGGGGGCCGAGACGUCGGCCUUUGAAGAAGGCGAUUCCCGGGAUGCGCAGGAUGAGCUCGGCACCGCGCCGCUGGAGGAGCAGCCAGACCCUGGUGUGUCGGGGGGAGCGGAAGACGAGCCGGGGCAGGCUGGUUCUGGCACAGGAGACACCUCAGAGGCGCCUGCGACCGACGGUGUGAUUCCCUCAGAGGAGGCAGGCCAAGACGUCGCCGUAGCGAUGGCGGCCGCGGCGACGACUUUGGCGCCAGCGUCAGCGCCGACAGGCAUGCCUCCUGCCGCGACACCGGUCGACGCACCAGCACCGACCGCUGCGACGGCACUGCCCGCAGCGCCGACCGCGCUGCCCGCGGCCUCUUCCUCCGGCACCCCGAACCCAGCGCCGCAGCAGGCGCAGGCGCGGGAGGCGCGCCUGGUGCGCAUGGUGGAGCAGCUGAAGGCCCGGCUGGAGGCCGCCCGCUCUGAGAACGAGCAGCUGGAGGAGGGGGCGGCGCUGGAGGCACGCCUCGCAGCCCGCGGCGACCCUGGCGAGGGGGAGGAUGGCGAGCGCGCGGCGGAGGCCCUGGGGUCGCGCGUCGCCGAGCUGGAGGCGGAGCUGGCUUCGGCGACGGCAGCCGCCGAGGCAGCCGAGGCCGCGCGCGCCGAGGCCACUGCCGACGCCGCCCACGUCCGCGCAGAGCUGGCCGGCGCGCGGCAGGCGCUGGCCGAGUCGCGGCACGCCGACGUGGUCGACUACCAGCGCCGCGCGCGCGAGGCCACGGAGCUCCUCUUCGCCAAGCAGGCGCAGCUGGAGCGCGCGUCGGCGGACCGCGCCGCGCUGCACUGUAAGUCUCCGGUCCGCGUGCGCUUGACGCCGAUGCCCUCUGGCGGUGGAGGAAGAGCGGCGGUGCGUAUCCUGCGGACCUACCCCGCGGGCCGCUUGGUGGUGCUGGCCUACCUCCUCUUUGUGCACGUCAUGAUGUACCUGCUGCUGCACCGCCUCCAGCGCCGUGCGUUCGAGGGCGGCGGCCGGACGGGCCUCAGCGUGGCCGCCCUGCGCGCCCACCGCGACGAGAUCGGGACCUAG